CACCCAUAUCAGCAGGCUGCUUCUACCGUAACUGACACACGGUACCUCAGUUUUAGUUGACCUGGAAUUGUAGGUUGUGACCGGUCAUAAAAACAAACACAUUUCAGUUCAAUCCCUUGUCUGAAAGUGAGUAUUUGAAGUUUGGCCCUUGUCUUAAAGUCACCCCUUUAUUAUUGCAAUCUGUCAACAGUGGCGCAAUAAAUGAAGAAACGAAAUGGAAAAAUGUCUCACCUCUGAGGCAAACCCAUCUUGAGCAACCACUAUUCAACCACACAGCAGCUAUCUUCACCUUUCGGAGGAGGUGUUUAUAGGAUUUCUUCGGCCAGGUUAAUCGUCCUGGGGUUCUGUCGGCGGUGAUUGACGGCGUAGCUGGAGUGUUGGGCGGCGAGAAACACCUUCGUGCGUCGUUUGAAGUGGAAGGAUAGAUCUCGGUAAGUACUCAUAUAGUUUUCCUUCUACGAUGAUUGUGAUUUGAAGAUGAUGCGGAUUGUAAUGGGAACUCCAGCAACGGUCGGGGAAGAUCCUUUUCACAGAGGAUUUGGAAUGCGCUGGAGACCAUUUCAGGAUUUCAUCUGCAUUAGUAGGAGAUUUUAUUCAUACUGGGAGCGCGUGAUUGCUGGACAUGAGGUUUUGGCUGUGGACCCCAAUGGAAAUACUAGGCAAUUGAAAGUAGGAUUUAAACAAGGCAGGCCUGCAUUUACUAGUGGAGUCCAUGACUUGGUUGCAUUUUACUCAUUGAAUGAAAUAUCAUUGCUGAACUUUGAGUAUAUUGAACCACUGACUUUUAACAUCCGCAUUUUUCCUAAUGAUGGGCCUGAGAUUCAAUACCCACAAAAUGAGAAUGGCCCUGAGGUAAUCAACAUUGACUCUGAUUCAGAAUCUGAGUCUGCUGAGGAUCAUGACAUUGACUUUGAACCAAACAUUCACUGGGAGAAGGUUGUAACUGACAAGUUUGUUAGAGGUAGAGCACCUUUGAAUUUACCAGCCAGGGUGGUACAGAAAGUCCUGCUUCAUGGAAUGACAACUUUAAAUGUCAGGGUGUUGAAUUCAAACUUAGCUGCAGAUUGUAAAAUUACAAGAGCUGAAAGAAACAAUAAUGAAGCUCAUUUAAUUAUGGGAUGGUACGGGUUGUGCAAGGAGCUCAAACUCUCUCAUGGAAACAAGCUACUCUUGACUUUUCUCCCAAAUGAACUUCAACUUCUCAUGCGUGUUGUGCGCAACAAUUAGCACUCGUUUAGACUUUUAUUAUGAUCUAUGUUCUAUGUUUAAGAAGCAAAACUUUACUACCAUGUUCUAUGUGACUUUGCAAUUUAUGUUCUUGUUGUUUGGUUCAAAUACCACCUAGUACUUAUCACUUUCAUGGUUUGGGUCCUGUUAUGGCCAAUCUUUGUAUCAGAUAUUGUUUUCACUAUUUCAACUUAACUGUGUCCAUUACAUUCACUCACUCAAUGGUACAUCUAACAUAACCACAAUGCUGCUCAAAAUCCAUGAAUAAUGUUGGUACCUAAUGUUGGGGUUUACAACAACCAAAUCUUGUUCACAAUAACAAGAUUUGAC